AUGAAUAUAUUACAUUACACAAAAUUAACUAGUUUCAUAUAUGUUUAUUCAAUGCAUUUCAUUUUCCUUUUCAACAAAAUUCAACUAAAUGAAGCAAAAUGUCAGUUUUCUGAAUAUUCCGUUCUUAAACCAAAUCAACUUUGGUGGACACAUAAUGGUCAACGUUUACCACCUGUUUCGUUUAAUCUUAAUGAUUACUUACGUAAAUUUGUUGUGAAACAAGGUUUUGAUUUAACUGCUGCUUCUGAUGGAUGGAAUCAAAUGCUUGUAUCAUCAAAUACUGAUUUAUUGUGGAUACAGCAGUUGUGUUUACACCCAUAUCAACGUCUGAAUAUGAAACAGAAUGGAUCUUCCUCAUCAUCGCUAUUAAUAGACAGGAGAUUUAUUCAGUUGUCACCACUAUUUAAUGGUUUGAUUGGAUUUGAUGAAGAUGACUGGUGUAGUCGUAAUACAGUAUUAUGGGAUUCAGAUGAAGAAUCUGAUAAAGUGAAUGACACUUUUGUUCAUCUUAUACAUUAUAGUAUUAAAUGUGAAAGGAUUAUUUAUCGUAAACAUUAUAAAUUUAUAGUACAGUUGGAUCUACCAAAUUCAGGUCCAGUUUAUCAAUGUUUUUAUUUUCAACUGGUCAAUAAAAAUGAUCCAAUAAAAAUUAUCAAUAUUUUACAAAGUAAGCAUUUCAGUCUACAUCCCGAUGAAUCAUUAUGCGAUGACAGAGCUGAAUUCGAUUCAAUACUCUGGAUACCUUCACUCUCUAAAAAACUGAAUGAUUUAUUCAUCCCGUGUCCUUUUGUUGGUGGAUUCCAAAUUACAAGUUUAAGUAGAGUUACUUCUGAAAAACCUAUAUGUCAAUAUCAGACAUUUGCAACGUUGGAAAGUGAUUGUGUUAUAAAUGAAGGGAUUGAAUGGACGUUUGAUGAUCCAAAGUGCAACAUAUUUGAGGUCAAUAGCAUUAGUCAUCAUAAUUGUUACGCUUCUUGGAAAAAGGAUGGUUUGACCUAUACAUUACUGCAUCAAGAUCGAAAAGAUGAUGGGUAUAGUAUCUUUACUAUGGUGUUCUCAGAUAUUCCGGAACCUUUAAACCCAUCAGACUACACUUAUGGUCAAAGUAAGCCACUUUGGAUAUACUCAGGUUUAUCUUCAAAACAUUAUCAAUAUAGCACUUUAUUACUGGAUUCGCAUAGUUCACACAUUGACACAACAAUCACUAAAAAUUGGAAUGAUCAAAGGACCUACGAAAGUCCUGCUUACCGACUGCAAAUACGUCGUGCAUUUGGAAUAUGUGAUGAUGAGCCAACCAGCUGUACAAAAGGAUGUGAUCAUGAUAUACGAAAUCGAUUAUUUUGUUAUAAAAGCUGCCCGGUGGACGACAAAAAAUGUAAAUCUUCACAGUGGGAUUCAUGUACAUUCAAACAAAACUAUCAAGGUCAUUGGAAUUUAAUAGAGUCAACAUCAAACAAAAACUAUCCUUCCUCUGAAUCACAUAAAUCCAAAUGGGCUAGUCUAAUCUUCGGUGAAAACUAUCUUAUUUUCAUGGGUGAAACAAAUGAAUCUUAUUUGUGUAUACGAGAAGUACGUGAAGUUAUCCAAGACUGGUUUAUAAUUAGAUCAAGAAAACAAGCUAAUGGAUGUCAACCUAGAGAUAUUUGUCUAGAAUUAUUUCAAAGUGGUAUUCGCCGUUCGCUUGAUUCGCCUAACACCAACGCAAUGGAAUUUCGACUAUCUCAAAGUAAAAAAUAUGGAUCAAAUGUUAAAACAUUGUGCAAUUUUGAAUCACAAUCAUUCAGUUUAAAUAAUAAAGCCAAAAAAUCAUCUAAUGCACUCAUAUUAGUCAGAAAUAUUGAACCAUUCCAAAUGUUGAAUGCAUACAGUGAUCCUCCUGUAAAAUGUGGACUAUAUCAAAUGCGACUUAUUGGAACAAUGAAUAUAAAUGUUGAUUAUUUAAUAAAUAAAUGGAAAUUAACUGGAGAAAUUCCAUCAGUCAAAAUUAAUCAUGAACAAUUUCAAACAUUUAACAAUAAUAAUCAUUCUGAAUAUAUUCAACCUAUAAAUAGGCAUUAUGAUCAAUGGUCUACAAAAAUGAAAUAUAACAGUUUAGGAUAUAGAAUAAAUCGUUAUAAAAAGUCACCAUCAUAUAAGUUAAUCAAAAAUACAGAUUAUAUGUAUACUCAUCCUUUGAUUCAUAGUAAAAUGACGAAAAUAUUUGUCUCAUGCCAUAUUGAAUUAAGUGACUUCAAUAGAACUUAUGGUUCAACAGGAGAAUUUGGAAAUAAAAUUUGGAUUCAUAAUGAUUGUUUAUAUCAACAAAUCCAAAGUUCCUUUAAUACAAGUCAUGUGUGCCUAUCAGCGUAUAAUAUCAUACCAGUUGGAUUAAAUGACAAAAAACAACUAAUCCUGAUAACUUAUCAUAUUACAACGAAGACAUACUAUUGUUGGGUAAUUUCUAAUUAUUCAUAACAUGAAUUUUAUUCUGAUAGAUAUUUAAAGAAAUUAAGCAGAAUAAUGUUCAAAGGUAUUUGGUUUUUCUUUUCGAUACACCACAAUGUCAAUAUCAUCGACUUCCUUCAGGUGAUAUACAAGUUAAUGAAGAAGAAGCAGUAGCUCAUAUCAGUUUAACAUCAGCUACAUGUAUAAAUUGCCCAUUCAAAUCUGAUCAAAAUUCUAAAGAAUAUUCAAAUAAUAAUAAUAAUAAUAAUAAU